UUAAUGUUCUCAUUUAGGUUUAUCUCCCAGUGAUUUCUACUCAGCGUUUCCAGAAAUCAGGUCUGCAAAUGACUAGUCAGAACCUUGCUUAACAUGAGAUUCUAACACAACGAUGAAAUUUGCCUUGUCUUAUUCCACUAGUUUGUUCCUUUAACAACAAUUUUGUAUAUGUGUCAAAAGUCUCACUUGGGAGUAGUUUUUUUUUUUCUUUUAGAGAUUCUGCAGAUAUGCAGGGAAGUCCUUUGGUAACUGCAAUACACAAGAUCUUCCUAUUAGGCCUCUUGGUAAGAAGCAUUUGUUAAAAGUGCAAGCUUAGCCCUGCUUCUGGGGAUGUGAGCAAAAUUUUGGCUUGUGUUCUCCCUCUCAUUUUAGUCUGACUUGACUGUUGUUUUUCCUUUCUGGAGCAUGAAUCCAUACAUCAUUCCUGGAAGUGAUGCAAGACGCUUGCAUCUCUACGAAGUAGUUUUGUCAAUUUGAAUUCAGGGAAAAAGUUAGUUACAGCCUGCAAAUGACUUCAUUUGGAAGUUUGAUUGUUUUAGUUGCCUGGCAAAUACUACACUUUACAAACAAUGUUAACACUGUGAUUCCUUCAUUGUUUUAAGAAGUUAACCUAGCGUCGGGCAUGGUGGCUUGUACCUGUAAUCCUAGCACUCUGGGAGGCCGAGGCAGGAGGAUCCCUUUAACCCAGGAGUUCAAGACCAGCCUGGGCAACAUAGGGAGACCCUGUCUUUUUCGGGGGGUGGGGGGGGGGGCGGAUAAAUAAAUAAAAGGAAAAAAAACUUAGCCUAGAAUUAGAAUUAAUUUAAUUUAAUUCAUCUAAAGAUGUCACUGGUGAUUUUUAUAUGUUCCUCUAUAUAAUUGAUGCUUUAUAAUUUUAUCAUAAUCCAACAACUUCAGUUAUAUUUAAUUAUUGUUAAGGAGUUUAAGACUAGAAAGACUAGAGUGCUUUCUAGUCCAAGUAGAGGUCAGUGAAACAGCUUUUGACAUCAGAUUUUCAUUUGAGAGGGAGAGCUGUGGUACUGGCUAAAAACAAAGGAAGAUAACAUCCAGUAACCACAGGAAUAUAUUCUCUGUGAAUUAAAAGUCUUCAGAGUUAUCAUUUCUCUGACAUACGUUGGAGUAGUCAUUUCCAUUCUUUACAUUGUCAUGAACUGGAUUGAUAACCCUCAUCUGCAAUAUUCUUUUCACCCCUAAAAUUUUUAACAGGGUUUCCUUUUUUUCUCACGACUGUUUAAGUUUAGAUUGCUCCAUUAUUAACUGAUUAAUGCACUUCGAAGUUCUCUGGAAUUAAUUAUUUUAACUUGGCCUAGCUUCGACUGUCAAGAUGACUGUUAUAAAUCUGACUUCAUUGGCAGUGGAAUGAAGCCUGAGCCAGCUGAGUCCCUAUCAUAGCUGAACCCUGAGGACAGCCUCAUAGCUCAUGUAUCAGGGACUUUUGCCACAUUUCAGAGGCAUAGCAUGAACAAGUAAUAUUAAGCCAAGAAUAAGCAGCAGAACCCUGUUCCAUAUGGAAAAAAGAAAAACAAUUUUUUGUCCCUAAUGUUCUUCCUUUUUACAUCCUGGAACAACAAUAAAAACAUUUUUUUAAACUUGUCUAUCUGUACUCUAAGACACUGCCAUCAUAAAGCAGAGACUUACAUGAGUGAAAGGGUUGCCUCAUCAAGAAACUCAGUGUAAAUGGGGAGACUAGGCUCUCCCCAGCCCUAUGGUUUUUUUAUUUUAUGUACCCCAGGAAAUACUGCGUGGUUUCUAAAAGCCCUGGUCAUUAAAAGUAGGGACUCUGCCUUUUUGUUGGUAGGGGGAAAAAACGCUAUUGCUUUGUCUUACAGAGCGAAUGUCUGCCAACUACCCGUUCAUUAUAUAAGUCUGAACUUGGUAAUAUAUGGCUAAUGAAGAUUAAGCCCUCUAUAAAGACUUCCUAUUGAGGUGAAUUCUCAUACUGAAAUGUAGUUACCUACAAUAUUUACUAGAGAUUUAUGAAAUUAAAUUAAGAGAUAAUGUAAGAAAAUAGAUUUUUUUUGGUUCUAUAUAAUGCUUCAUGAUUCAUUUAGGGACCUAGAAAUAUUGUGUGAAAAUAUAUAAAUAUCACCCAAAAGGCUUUCUGCCCUAUAUUUUUAAAAUACAGAAUAGUUAUAUUUGAAGUAGCCCUGGCCCUAGUUCUAUAGGGCUUGGCUAUUUAAUAUUUUUAUGGAAGAAGUGUUUAGUUCUGGAAAAGGUAAAUGCUUGUAUAUAUUUUUGCAGCCUGGGAUCUCCCUACUCCAUUUUUUCCUUUAAUUUAAGUGGCCACAUGUAUAUGUCUUCCCUGCUGUGUUAGGAAAAUGGGGGCUGGAUAUCCCAAGAAUCAGAGGUUAUAUAAAAAUACUGCAAAUAGACCGCAGACAUAAAUAUCUACCAAAUGCUAUCUUAAAUUUUGGUCCAAACUGAACAUAUGGAAAUAGAUUUAUUGUAAGUAUUUACUUAGAGCUUUUUCUUAAAUCUGAACUAAAUUGCUUUUAGAAGUCUUUUUCUUUGUAAGCAUUGUAAAUGCUAAUAAAUCCUGUUAAUUUUUUUUUUUUUUUUUUUUUUUUUUUUUUACUGCAUGUUACAUUGAAAUAAAAACAAAGUAAAAUGAGCAAUUGCCUUAUUCUUCUGCUCUUUUGCAGGGGGUGGGGGUUGGGGAAAACAGCAUUCCACAGCCUGGUCAGGAGGGAGGGACCUCACUUGUUUCAUCAAAUGGAGUGGUUUAAAACUGAUCAACCAGCUCAUAAUAAUGAAUUCCUGUUCUGUCUUUUAUUAUCUUAUGUCAGAGUGCAGCAAAAUCUCAUUUCAUAAGACUUACAAUAACUAUUUAAAAUUCAGGUAUUGUACUCAGGAGGCUGAGGUGGGAGGAUCCCAGGAGUUCAAAUCCAGCCUGGGCAACAUAGCGAGACCCUGUCUCUUAAAAAAAAAAAAAGACACAUUCAGGUACUGAUUUUUCAUCAAGAGAUUGACAUACCAGUGAUCAGAAAUUUUAGUGAAACUUGACUCAACUAUACCCAAAGUUCUCAUCCUAAAAGAACUAUUUCAGUCAAGCCCACUCUACCACUUUUUACUUAUCUGGUUUAAUAAUCCGAAAUGUUAUCAGGGUUGACUCACGGAAUUAAAUUUUUCCUCUAUUUUUAUAUCCUUCCCUGUUGUGGCUGUAACUUACCUUUCUAAACUCCUUUAGAGUUAACAACUUCUAUUUAGUAUUGUUGAUAUCUCCAGUCCCCCUGCUUUUUUUUUCUUUUAGUUCUUUACUUUGUAUAAUUUGCUUUCAUUAACUAAAAACAGGGAAUUGGCAGCACUGGGUUGUAUAUUACUGUAUUAAGAGUACCUUUGUUUUCUUGAUCUGUUACUUUUAAUACUCAGGUAAUGCUACAAAUAUUACAGGGAGUCAAAUGCUUUUAUAAAGUUCCUUCAGUAGUUGCCUCACUUGCGUUUUCCUACAAGAUGUAAGACUGUUUAUAAUUAAACUUUUUUGGUCCUUCAUUUGCAUGCUUUUCUGUCAGUCUUGGGUAAGGAGGGGUCUCUUUCCUCUCUCUCCGGCCCCACCUUCUGAGAAGACUUAUAUGUGACCAGGUCACAUAGAUUUCUGCUUCUCUGCUUUUUUAAGUGGCAAGUUACAGCCCAUCUGGAUUGUAGUAUCAUUCCCAGACCAAAUCGAGGGUUGGGCUGCUUAUUCUCGCAGCCCAAUAAUGAGGUGCAGAUGAACGAGAAAGGAGGGAGUUUAUUUCUGUAACCAGGUAUGGGGAGAAAGCCUGGAAAUGAUCCCAAGACCAACUCAAAACUACAAAGUUUUCCAGAGCUUAUUUACAUUAUAAGCUAUAUGUCUACAUGUGAGUGUACAUUCAUCUAAAGACAUAAGUGAUUCACUUUUUUAAAUCUGUAAAUAAGAUCUGAGUCCCGAAGACGUUCCUCUGGAGCCUCAGUAAAUUUACUUAAUCUAAAUGGGUCCAGGUGCUGGGGUGAUUACCCUUAUCUUGUUUCCUGCUAAAUCAUGGAGGUUUGGGGACUUCCUUCAGACCCCCCAGUAAACUUGUUUGUGGAGGCCUUCAGACCCCCAAUAAAACUUGUUUAAUCCUAAAUGGGUCCUGUUAAGAAUUCCUUUGUUAUCUUGUCAUGCUUCAAGGCCCAGAAAAGUCCUGGGCAAAACCUUUGGUGGGGUUUUGUUACAUUCCAGCCUUUGUAUAAGGGCCCUGACUCUUUCAGCUUUUAAUAUUUAACUUAACCACUCAGUUAGUGCUGAAACAGUUGUUAUGGAGGCCUGUGUUAUUGAGAUCUGGCCCGCCACAGUACGGGUAGAAAAAACUAGAAAGAGCUGCUGCAGAUGAGACUGGAUUUGGUGCCCAUGUUGAAGAUGAAGAUAUCUGCAGGGUCCAUCAACCAACAUAAAGGCCUCCAUAUGAAUUGCUUUUCUGAGACAACUAAAAGACCGGGACCACAGGCAUGAGUGCUGAGUAGAGAAUCACCAACUAGCUAGCUGUCAAGACUGUUACCAAGACUGUUCUCAACAAGCUGACUUGGUUACCAGCUUCAGUAGACCUUUUUCUUAUUAGGAAACUCAGGUGAUUAUGCUCUCGUUUAAAACAGAACCAGUGGAGAGAGACUAAGGGAAGAGGAAUUUUUUAAUACGGCUGAUCUAACAUGGACUAGAGGACAAAAACUGCAGGCCCCUCGCAGGUCCUGAGUAGUUAGUAGACCCUAUCCUGUUUAUUCUGUCCGAUGGAAGCUGCUAGAAUGCUCUAGUUUCACUGUGGCUUAGAAUAAGGGGAAAAAUAUGCCCCUCUAAGUAAGGGUCAAUGGUCAGUAAUUGUUCUUACUGGCCAUUGGCUCUCAUCCAAAACCCUACGAAGCAUCAAACUGGGACUCCGCUGUGACUGACUGGCUGUUCUCUGGACUUUUUAAGUGUCUGUCUCAUGUUAUGUAACUCCAGUACGAGAGCUGCUGUCUCUCUCAGCCCAUUUCAGUUGUCAAUUCUUCCAUGUUCAUAGGACUCCUUUGUGAUCAGGAUAUCUGGAGUGAGGAGCCAGGGGAAUCUUCCUGGUUGGCAAGGAAAAGAGGGCCUUAAACAUAAAUCCCAGGACACUGUUGAUCCCUUAUGCACAGGGGUCUGUUAAUAAGCAAAGAGUGGCUAUGGACAAGACGAUUUCCUCAAAGCACCCCACAGGGAAGGACCUUGAGAAUUUGUAGUCAUACUUGAAAGAUCACUAAAAACAGCCCUCCUGUUAUUUUUCUUCUAAUUCAGACCUGUUCUUCUAUUUGUCUUCCAUAUCAUAGCAACCAGUACCACACCCAUAUUCACUUAAUACCAAAACUGUCAACAUUUAUCACUAUGGCAGGAUAUGGUAGAUAUGCUAUGUGCAGUGUCAGUCUUCCUGUUAUUGGGAAUGAUUAUCUCUGUUUUACAAGAAAAUAGAGGCUCAAAAUGAUUGAAUCAUGUCCACAACUAUUAAGUAGAAAGAGUACAGGUUGGAAUCCAGGAUGGUUUGACUCUGAAGCAUGCAUACUUUACCAUUUUUGUUGUACUGCUACUUACCACAAUGCUGGGAGUCUAAUGUGACCAAUUUUGCCAUUCCAUUUAAUUAGUCUCCAAAUCCUAUCUAUCCCCAAAACUUUUUAUUUAUUUAUUUAUUUUGAGAUGGAGUCUCGCUCUGUCGCCCAGGCUGGAGUGCAGUGGCACGAUCUCGGCUCACUGCAACCUCUGCCUCCUGGGUUCAAGUAAUUCUGCCUCAGCCUCCCUAGUAGCUGGUAUUACAGGCGCCUACCACCAAUGCCCGGCUAAUUUUUGUAUUUUUAGUAGAGACGGGGUUUCACCAUGUUGGCCAGGCUGGUCUCGAACUCCUGACCUCAGGUGAUCUGCCCGCCUUGGCCUCCCAAGUGUUUGGCUUACAGGCAUGAGCCACCACGCCUGGCCCCAAAACUUUUUAAAAUCCCUUCUCUCAGAGCUGACAACAUUGCCACAGCCUACAUGCUUCCUCCCUAAUCUGGCUGACCAUAACAGCAUCCUGUCUUCAUUUUUCCAUCCUCCUUGCUCCAGUAUAUCUUCUGUGCUACCUCAGGAUUAUCUGUGGAAGACCUGUCUCAUGCCUGCUCUACCUAAAAUUUUACAGUGGUUUCUCCAUUACCGCAGAAUAAAACUUUUUCUUUCUUUCUUUUGAGAUGGAGUCUCGUUCUGUCGCCCAGGCUGGAGUGCAGUGGCGUGAUCUCGGCUCACUGCAACCUCCGCCUCCUGGGUUCACGCGGUUCUCCUGCCUCAGCCUCCCGAGUAGCUGGGAUUACAGGCGCACACCACCACGCCCGGCUAAUUUUUUGUGUAUUUUUAGUAGAGACGGGGUUUCACUAUGUUGGCCAGACUGGUCUCGAACUCCUGACCUCAUGAUCCACCCGCCUUGGCCUCCCAAAGUGCUGAGAUUACAGGUGUGAGCCACCGCGCCGGGCCAAAACUCUUAAAAGUUUGUAAGCCUGCCACUCCAGGACAUUCUUGGUCCUAUUCCAGCUCCUCCUUCAUUCUUAUUUUGGUUCCUGUCACGUGAACUAUUGGCCAUUCUCUUUUUUGCCUCUGGGAUUGUAAUCUUUUAAAAUCCUUUCACUCCUCUCAGUCUGGUUCUCCAUGGGCAAGACAGUGGUGAUUCUUGCAGUGCUUAUCUUCCAGGAUGUUUUAGGGUCCAGUCUCUGCAGCACUUCUUCCCCUUGCUAAAUGUUUUCCUAAUGUUUCCAGCAUUCAAUAGAAAUUCCUUUGGACCCAGUCCUUUUAAAAAUUUAUUUUGAAAUAAUUUUACAUUUACAGAGCUGUUGCAAAAAUGGUUGAGUUCCUGCACAGUCUUCACCCAGCUUUCUCCAAUAUUAUGAUCCCACAUAACCAUGCUAGAAUUACCAAAACUAAUAAAUUAACACUGGUAAAACUAAAACUACAGUCCUUACUCAGAAUUCACCAAUUUUCCCACCAAUGUUAUUUUUCUUUCUCCUUACUCCUCUAAUCUGUAACAGUUCCGCAUUCAUUCCUUGCUUUCAUGACUUUGAGAUUUUGGGGGGAGUACAGGUAUCUUGUAGAACAUCUCUCACAUUGGAUUUAGUGAAGUUUUCUCAUGGUUUAAGGCUGGGAGUUUUUGUGGAAAAUGACUCGGAGGUGAUGUGCCCUUAACGCAUUUUUAUCGGGGCACGCGGCAUCAAUAUCUCCCCUUUCCAGUAAUAUUAACUUUGAUCUGGUUAAGGUGGUGUCUGCUAGGUUUCUUCGCAGUAAAGUCAAUCCUCUUAACAUGCAGACACCCCUGGAAGGAGAACCAAAUCCUUCCUCACUGAAGAGCAGCUACUGUGGAAUGAAACUUUGGAGUUAGAUCAUCGUUGAAUCCAGCAAGCUACAGUGCCUGGGAGAAACAGCAUUUAUAAAGUAUCCAGGUUACUGAUACUUCCCUGAAGCUACCGGAGACAACGUAUGUGCGUGUUCAGCACAGUAAUGUGGCACAGGGUUCACUAAGCGGCAGCAUGUUUUAACAGAAGUUAUUUCCUACUAGAGGACCCAGAAACGUUUGCGGCCUGCGGGAACAGGACAACAUAGGGCUCUGGGAAGAAGAGUCCCCCUUUUAGAGGUGAGAACAAGAUAGAACACACAAAUGUGAAGUGGCUUCUGCUAGGUAACGCGAGGCGGGGCUGAGCUCGGAUUCUAAAGACACCCAGGCCAGCCCUAACCAAUUCAUCUCCGAGCUUGCACGGCAUCUUACCCGGAGACUCCAGAGGUACCUGACUCCAGCCCCACCCCAGGCCUGCCCGAUCCCGAAGCGCAUUUUGGCCCUGGGCCUCUCUCUGCCUCAGUCUGGGCGCAAAGGGGGUCUCAGCAACCGUCCCACUUGCCUUCAUACCCUCCCACCACGCUCCACCCAGGGACUCCAGAACCAGCUUAGACCUCCAUUGAGAGCUGAAAGCCUCUUCCGAUACCGAGAACCAGCACUGAAAGCCUCUUCAGAUACCGAGAACCAGCAUGGUUUUUGUUUUCUUUUGUUUUAGGGUCUCUUGCUCUGUCGUCCAGGCUGGAGUCAGUGGCGCAAUCUCGGCUCACUGCAGCCUCGAACUUCUGGUCAGGCGAUCCCCCCACCUCAACCUCUGGAGUAGCUGGAACUACAGGAGCGCGCCACCACGCCCGACUAGUUUUGUUUAUUUAGUAGAGAAGGGGGUCUCUCCAUAUUGCCCAGGCUGGUCUCGAACUCUUGGGCUCAAGCAAUCCUUCCGACUCGGCCUCCCAAAGUGCUGGAAUUACAGGCGUAAGCCACCGCGUCCAGCCAGAACCAGCAUCUUUUCUGCACGGCUGGAGUUGGUAAUUUUCCACAGCUUAGCGCACUGCUCCUUAGCUUUUCGCUUUGCCACAGUGGAAAGCAGAUUUUCCAAGAAUCCUGGCGGAGCCAAGAUCGGCUCGCCCGCCCCCGCCUCACGCUGGCUCCUGAUAGGCAGCUAGAGCUGUCCGUUUUGACAGAAACCUGUGCGCAGGCGCAGAAAAGCACAAGACUGGGCUAAGUGUUCGCUACGCGGGGCUACCGGAUCGGUCGGAAAUGGCAGAGGUAGAGGAGACACUGAAGCGACUGCAGAGCCAGAAGGGAGUGCAGGGAAUCAUCGUCGUGAACACAGAAGGCAUUCCCAUCAAGAGCACCAUGGACAACCCCACCACCACCCAGUAUGCCAGCCUCAUGCACAGCUUCAUCCUGAAGGCACGGAGCACCGUGCGUGACAUCGACCCCCAGAACGAUCUCACCUUCCUUCGAAUUCGCUCCAAGAAAAAUGAAAUUAUGGUUGCACCAGGUAAGGGGUCUUCUACCUCCCCAUGUAGGAACAGACCUCAUGGCACAUUCUCUGUGGCUCAUCAGGAGUCCUGGCACAGUGGUGUCUCCAGAGAAUCCAAGCAGGGCCCGAGGAGUUGAAGGAAUUGGGUUGUUGCCUCACUGCCUAGCCAGCCUCCAGCUGGUGUCCCAUAGCAGAUCCUCCCAGGGACCGGCCCCAGAGGGGAACCCCAGUCUCCUGGGAUAGACAGACACGUGAGCAUCAUGCGUGUCUCCCCUGCCUUGAUAGGAGAAAACUCAAAGGCAUUUGGGACAUAGAGGAGGGUGUGGCCAGGCCUGUCUGGGGCUGUCUGCAAAGGCUUCCCAGAAGAGGGGACACUGGAGCUGAAUCUUAAGGGCACCAGGAAGCAGUGUGAGCAAGGCGGAGGGGUGGAAAGCCACGUUUGGAAGAAUGUUCAGUGAUUCGGCUCCAAAAUGUAAAGCAAAAGUACUGUAUCAUUUUAUCCUUGAAAACAUGUUCUCUGCCCACUUGUAAAGGCCAGGCCUGUCUUUAGGCCCCUUGCAGCCAGCUUUUCCUCCUGCACGGGAGCAGAUUGCUGUGUUUCCUUUACGCGAGGUGCUUGCCUUGCAUUUGGAGGCUGUGUGAUGCAACCAAAGCCUGUGUUUAGUCCUUAGGAUCAUUCUCAGGGUGAGGAGAUGCUCAUUCUGGGAGGAGCCCACAGGGAUGGGAGCACAGGAGCGAGCAACAGAGCCACAUCUCCUGCCCAGCCCCCUCACUCUCACUCAUGGACUGGGGUGGCAGACAGAGCCUCCAGGGCCAUCUUUGCAUUAUUACUUUUUUCUCACUCUGCUUUUUCUUGGCUGAGCCACAUAGUUGAGUGUGCGUGCGUCAUGUGUGCGCAUGAUGGUGCACUUCCGCUGCAGUGCCGCUUAUCUAGGGCAUCAGGAUGUGAGUGGGGAGGAGUGGGAGGUGAGACUUUGGUCCGGUUUAGAAGGGGCCACAAACACCUAACUCAGUUGCAUGGACUUGAUCUUGCAAGCAGAGGUUUUUAGGUCAGGAGGUGAUAGGAUUAUGAUUAGGACUUGGAUAAAGGAAGGCAGUGGGGGGUCUGGGGACACUGAAUGCUCUGGACUGGCAACACAGAGGGCAAGGAGGCUGGCCACAGAGUUCUGAGGUAAUUUGAUGGGGGGUCAGCUGCUCCCUGCAGCAGACCAGCAUAGGUUCUGUCACCAGGCCUGGAAGGAUGGGCAGGAAAGAACUAUGGAGCCAGUCACAGCAGCCCACAGUCUCCCUGGGACACUCCCUAGAGGGGUGGGGACAGAGCAGUUCAGUCACAGAGAAGAACAGAAGAAUAACUCCAGAGUCUUUUAGUCCGAAAUCACGCUUCCGUGUGUAAUGCCUGAUCCACUGGGGAGAGAAGACUGCAGGAGGCACAGAAUCUGUUUUCCCAGCUUUGCCUCCCACAAGCAUGACCCUGGGCAAGUCACAGAAUACCUGCAAAUCCACAUCUAUAAAAUGUCGAGUAGGGGACUGUGCUGUGCUGAUGUCCUGAGCCACCCUUCCUGGUUGAGUGUGUUGACCUGGGUUGGGGGAAAAACCCUUGGAAUCAGAUUUAAACUGCACUUCCACCCAGGACGUCAUGUUGUGUGGCUGCAGAGGACAAGGCUUCACUCCCCUAAAAGUCAGGCCGGGAUGGGGCGCAGUGGCUCACGCCUGUAAUCCCAUCACUUUGGGAGGCCAAGACUGGCAGAUCACAAGGUCAGGAGUUCGAGACCAGCCUGACCAACAUGGUGAACCCCGUCUCUACUAAAAAUACAAAAAUUAGCUGGGUGUGGUGGCGCACACCUGUAAUCCCAGCUACUUGGGACGCUGAGGCAGGAGAAUCGCCUGAACCCGGGAGGUGGAGCUUGCAGUGAACUGAGAUCGCGCCACUGCACUCCAGCCUGGGAGACAGAGUGAGACUCCGUCUCAAAAAAAAAAAAAAGUUGGGCCGGGAACAAUCCCUCUACUCACCCUGUGCACAGCAGACCUUGUGCUCCCCAGUGGCCCACUGGGAGUUCAGAGUACGGGGGAAGGGAGCAAAUUAUGUGGUCUCCAAAUCAGACAAAUUCUCCACAGACAGUGUCCCUUGGCAUAAAGCUCCUGAGAAUGUCUCCUCCAGAAGGACAGUGUCGUCUGAAAGCUCCUGGGCAUUCAGGUCUCAACUUGGCAGCGGUGGCGUCUCCAAUUUGGUCCCGAAGACCCACAGGCAUUCAGAGCCCAUGACUGGUUGGUGCUUGAGUCCAAAAUGGGCAUCUCCCAAGUAGGGGGUUCUCCUUGGGGUUCACAGGCCUGGAGAUCCUAUAACCUUGUCAGUGGAGGAGGAUGAGGUGGCCAGUCCCUCACCUUGGCAGCACUGCAGGGGGCGCCCGUGCUCUCAAGUCACACUGUCUCUCCCCUGCACACGUGUGGCUCUGUGCUGGAGGACGGUGGCGCGCUGAGCUUGUCUUACACACAGAGCAUGCUUCUUUGGCUCAGCCUCACUGCCGCCACUCAGUCCUUCCUCAUCACCAAAUGCUUACCUGCAUUUUUAAGGCCGUCUCCUCCACUUGAGAGUAAGUUCCAUGAGGGCAGGGGCUUGUAAGCACAUAGUAAGCAUCUAGCAAAUAUCCAUUGAUGAAAUAAAUGAAUGACUCUAAAUCUCCCUCCACUGCUGACACUCCACUGAUAGGGGUCAGAAGUAGGGUCAGCAGUGGGGAUGGGGUCAGGGAUAUCUGUGGGGCAUAGUUUUAGGAUGAAAAUCAGUGAUUUGACAGUUUGACAUACCCACUUUUACGUGGCCAAGGAAAAAUAAUUGGGUUUUGGUGCCAGAACUCCUGUGGUCAGGAGCCACCACGCAGAGCCUAGGAGGCACUGGCGCUGAAUUGCCUCAGGAUGGCUACAGAACACAGGACCCAGGGGUGGCCACGGGCGUAGAGCAGGCCUGGCUGCUGCUGGAAGCGCCCGUAUGAGACUGUAGUUAGCACCCUACACAUCGCGGGCAGCCUGGAGCAGCCUGGCCCGGGAGGGGGAUCCGUGCCUUCCCACCUGCCUCCAUCCAGCUGAGGUGCUGCUUCCCAGGCCGCAGACAGCAGCAGGUGUUCCAGACAGUAUGGUUUUCCACAUGUGUGCCACAUUCAUCCGACCCUGGCCCAGAACCGCCCACAUGAACAGACUGUUUUUUUUUUUUUUUUUUUUUUGAGAUAGGGUCUAGCUCUGUUGUCCAGGCUGGAGCGCAGU